CUCAUGUAGAUCAUGGAAAGACAACUCUUUCAGAUUCUCUCUUAGCUUCCAAUGGGAUUAUUUCUAAUAGGCUAGCGGGUAAAGUAAGAUAUCUUGAUAGUAGAGAGGAUGAACAAGAAAGAGGAAUAACGAUGGAAGCUAAAAAUAACAUAAACUCUGAUGAAUAUCUGAUAAAUCUUAUUGAUGCUCCUGGACACGUCGAUUUUACCAGUGAAGUCUCGACAGCAUCGAGACUAUGUGAUGGUGCAUUAAUCCUUGUUGAUGUUGUCGAAGGAGUUUGUACACAGACACAUGCGGUUCUCCGACAAGCAUGGGUCGAAAAUGUUCGACCUAUUUUAGUGUUAAAUAAAAUUGACCGACUUAUAACUGAAUUGAGAUUAAGUCCUCUUGAAGCAUAUGUUCAUUUAAAUAAAAUUCUGGAACAAGUGAAUGCUGUCAUGGGAACUUUUUUUGCUGGCGAUAUGAUGGAAGAGGAAACUAGAAGGCAUGAAGCUGAAAAGGAACGACUUUCGCGACCUGGAAGUGAACAAUCAGUGGAAUCAAAUAAUACAUCAUUGGAAGAUCGUGAUGAUUCCAACAUUUAUUUUACUCCAGAUUCGGGAAAUGUUGUUUUUGCAUGUGCAAUUGAUGGUUGGGCGUUUAGAGUCGAACAAUUCGCUCAAUUAUAUGCCGCAAAGUUGGGCAUGAAAGAAAAUAAACUACGUAAAGUCCUUUGGGGAGAUUAUUAUCUUGAACCAAAAACGAAACGAUUAUUGCAACAUAAACAUUUGAAGGGUCGUCAAUUGAAACCAUUAUUCGUCCAAUUUGUUUUGGAGAACAUUUGGGCAGUUUAUGAUUCUGUUGUUAUUAACAACAAUCGAGAAAAAAUUGAAAAGAUAGUUAAGACACUUAAUUUGAAAAUUUUACCAAGAGAUAUGAGAUCGAAGGAUACACGUGCUUUGUUAAUAUCAAUGUUCAAUCAAUGGUUACCAUUGUCAACAGCUAUUUUGCAUAUCCUUUACUUUUACAUUAAAUCUAGUACAACAACAGAAAAGCCUGCGAAUGAAAUUGAGAAAUCUUUAUUUAGUUGCGAUUCUAGCGAUUCUGCACCUAUCAUUGCCUAUGUUUCAAAAAUGUUUGCUAUUCCUUCAGAUAUGCUACCAGAAAAUAAGAGAAAACAAUUAACAGCAGAAGAACUGAGGGAAAAAGGAAGGGCUCAAAGAGAAGCUCGUUUACUUGCUUCAAAUGGUCAAUCCGAAGAAACAAUUUCUGAUACAUUCUCAACGAUUUCAUCCUUAAAUCAAAUGAAAAAUUCCUUUCUUACGGAUGAAAAUGGUGAAGUUGCUCAACCAACACCUACCAAAGAAACUUUUAUAGGUUUUGCUCGUCUUUAUUCUGGAACUAUCCGAAUUGGUCAAAAACUAUUUGUUUUAGGACCAAAAUUUGAUCCUGAUUUUCCGGAUAGAUUUUGUUCUGAAGUAAAAGUUCAGAGUCUUUAUCUAGUGAUGGGACGAGAGUUAGAAGCUCUACAAGAAGUACCGGCUGGUAAUGUUUUUGGUAUUGGUGGUCUUGAAGGUCAUAUCUUGAAGAAUGGCACUUUAAGUAGUACUAAAAAAUGUAAAAAUCUUGCUGGCGUUGCGAUGAGGUCUGCACCAAUUGUUCGAGUUGCCCUUGAGCCCGUGGAACCAUCCGAAAUAGGAAAGCUUACUGAAGGACUUCGCUUGUUAAAUCAAGCAGAUCCAUGUGUUGAAGUCCUUGUACAAGAAACAGGCGAACAAGUAAUUUUAACGGCCGGUGAAGUGCACCUUGAGCGGUGUUUACGAGAUUUAAGAGAACGCUUUGCAAAAAUCGAAAUUCAAGUUUCUUCUCCUAUAGUACCGUUUAGAGAAACAAUAGUUCCUUUAUCAGAUAUUCACUCGAACAAAGAAAAAGAUAGUGGUCAACGUGGUUUGGUUACGCUUUCAACGCCGAAUAAAUAUUGCACUAUCAAAGUGAGGGCGGUUCCGUUGCCACCAAAUGUUACCACAUUCCUUAGCAAAAAUGCCAUUACUAUAAAGUCCAUUUUAGAUGAACGCCAACAACGUAAUAAAGUCGAAACUCAAUCCAUAGAAGAGGAAGAAGAUACUCUAAAGGAUAUGGCUUUUAAAGGGGAACGCAUAUUAGAAGUAGACGAAUUUUUUGAUCAUUUGGAAGCCGAAUUUAAUAAAGUUGAUGACAAAGAAAUUUGGAAGGGUGUUUUUGAUAAUAUUUGGGCGUUUGGAACCAAACGUGUUGGACCGAAUGUAUUAGUAAAUAAUGUACCACAUUAUGAACGGAAAUCAUGGAGGAAUAUUUGCAGUGCAUUGAAAAGUUCUGAAGCGAUUCAUCUAGAAGUAAAUGAAGAAGAAUUUCUUCUUGAACGUUCUUCACAUAAUUUAUCGAUCCGUGAUUUUGUUGAAGGAAUUCAUACAGGGUUUCAACUUGCCACAAAAUCAGGCCCACUUUGUGCUGAACCGUUAAUGGGAGUGGCCUAUUUUUUAGAAGAUUUCACGAUAAAUAUAGAUAACAAUAAUUUGGAUAUAUCCGAAAUACGAAAUAAAUUAGGUGGACAAGUUAUUACUACAAUGAGAGACGCAUGUAAUAAGGGAUUUUUAGAAUGGUCUCCAAGACUAAUGUUGGCCAUGUACUCUUGUGAUAUUCAAGCAACUGGUCGUGUAUAUGGUGUAAUAUCAAGACGUCGAGGACGUAUUAUUUCCGAAGAACUAAAAGAAGGAACUCCAUUUUUCCAUAUUUUUGCAUCAUUACCUGUAAUAGAAAGCUUCGGAUUUGCUGAUGAAAUAAGAAAGCGGACUUCUGGCACGGCUAGUCCACAACUAAUCUUUAGCGGAUUUGAGAUGUUGGAUGAAGAUCCGUUUUGGGUUCCAACUACUGAAGAGGAGCUUGAAGAUUUAGGAGAAAAGUCUGAUAGAGAAAAUCUUGCAAAGAAAUAUAUGGAAAAUGUAAGAAAACGCAAGGGAAUGUUUAUAGAUAGGAAAAUAAUUGAGCAUGCAGAAAAACAGCGAACGUUGAAAAAGAAGUAA